AACUUGAAUGGUACGCCCUGAAAGCAUUCUGGGAAGCAUAGUUUGUUGUCAUGUCGGUUCCUCGGUCGUUGUUCGCCCUAUCAUGAUAUGAGACUAGUUUCAGCACCUGUAAUGUGGAAGUAAUGUGACUUUUUCAACAGCGGAAAGGCAGUCAGUUUGCACCGAACACACCAGGAGUAUUCCAGAUGCAACAGGACACAGCCUAGCUGAAGAUGGAACAGUACACUAUUAUGGAGAGGAUUGGGGAGGGUGCGCACGGCAUCGUGUUUAAGGCCAAACAUGUAGAGAGCGGUGAAGUGGUGGCACUAAAGAAGGUUCCACUGAGGAGGCUGGAAGAUGGCAUCCCGAACACUGCUCUUAGGGAAAUAAAGGCUCUUCAAGAAAUAGAGGAGAAUCAGCAUGUGGUGAAACUACGCGAGGUGUUCCCACACGGUACUGGGUUUGUGCUCGUGUUUGAGUACAUGUUGUCGGACCUGUCCGAGGUUCUGCGCAACUCUAACCGUCCGCUGACCGAAGCUCAGGUCAAGAGUUACAUGAUGAUGUUGCUGAAGGGAGUGGCCUUCUGUCACGAGAACAACAUCAUGCACAGGGACUUGAAGCCAGCAAAUCUACUAAUAAGUGAGACCGGCCACCUGAAGAUAGCAGACUUUGGUCUGGCACGGGUGUUUGCUAAUGAAGAUGGGAGAUUAUACAGUCAUCAGGUCGCCACAAGAUGGUACCGGGCCCCAGAAUUGUUGUAUGGAGCAAGAAAGUAUGAGGAGGGAGUGGAUCUUUGGGCUGUUGGAUGUAUCUUUGGAGAACUGUUGAACAACUCCCCUCUCUUUCCUGGUGAGAAUGAUAUAGAACAGCUAUGUUGUGUACUGAGAGUGCUGGGGACUCCCAAUGAGAAGAUAUGGCCGGGCAUGUCGGAGCUACCAGACUACAAUAAGAUUACUUUCCCCGAGAACCCCCCCAUCCCUCUGGAAGUGGUUGUGCCCGACGCCUCCCCCCAGGCCAUUGACCUGCUGAAGAGGUUCCUAGUCUACCCCUCCAGUCAGAGGGUGUCAGCAAAGGAGGCCUUACUACAUCCCUACUUCUUUACGGAGCCUUUACCGGCCCAUCACUCCGAGCUCCCCAUUCCGCAGCGCAGCAGCAGGAGACACAGACAGCGUGGACACGUGCACGAGUUUGAUGUGGACGCUCCGCUGGCGCAGUCUCUCGUCGAUCCAGAUCUGCUCGCCCCUCAUGUCAGAUAGAGUCUUCAUUCUGUUCUUGUACAUAUUGGUAUUAUAUUCUAUGCCAUUGGCAUAUUCUGCUGUAAAUUUUGUCGUUUUAUUUCAUGGUAGGAGGUUUUUGCAGUGUUCUACAGGUAUAUUCACAGUUGAAACAGUAGUAUAGUAGUAAUACAAUGUACAUUGAAAUCUAAAUUAGUGGUGGAAAGAUCACUGCAAAAUUUACAAUGAUUACAAAGAAAUAAGGAAAUGUUAAAUGCUUUCUUGACACUUUUCUUUGCUGUAGAUAUGCUCUCAAAAUAUCAAUGUGCUACUUAAGUGAAUUAUUGUUUGUUUUGUAUUGUUAGUUCUUACAAAUGUAUAUAACGUCCUUCUUCUUAUGAAGCAACAAGAAUAUUUUGUCAAAAGCAAAUGAUAAAUUGAGGACUGGAAGACUGAAGUAUUUUUAACAGUAAUCAGAAACUAAAGUCAAUAAUUUCUUUAUUAACAACUGAUGAUAAUGACUUUAUCAACAUUAUACUUUAUUAACAUUUGCUUUGCAACACAUUGUAAAAAAAGAAUGAUAGAAUCAAAUAAGGGCAUAAAGGAUUAAAACAAGUCUUGUAUUAAAGAUCUGUGGUAGAUAUGACAAAGCAGAACUUUUGAUAAAAUUAAAAGACGUUGAAAAUAUAAUUGAAAAGAUCUGUGUUACAUUAUCAUUUUUUCACAUUUCAGCAUUGUCGAGAUUCUCAUGGCCAGUAUUUAGAUAAAACAUUGAAUUUGUGUACUUGUUGAUUUGAUUCUUUUGUUUUUAGAUUAUGCAACAAUACAACAUUCAUUGGAAAAGCAAAAAUACAUGUAUC